AUGCGGACUGCUGGCGAGCCCAACGGCGCCGAGCCAGCUUACGAUUUUGAGCCAGCGGGCUGGAUAGAUCUCACUGAUGGCUGCCAUCACUACCAGGGUACACAUGAGGUGCCUUGGGAUAUUCAAAAAUAUUUCUCACAACGCUACUCCAUCUUUUCGUACUACGACGAUGGCAUCUGUAUGACGGAUGAUGCUUGGUUUGGCGUCACGCCAGAACCAGUCGCAAAAAAAAUUGCCGAGGAGAUGCAGUCGUCUCCCAAGAAAAAUAGAAUCCUGAUAGACCUCUUCUGUGGCGCAGGCGGCAACACGAUUGCGUUUGCGUUGUCGGAAAGAUGGGAUCACAUAAUAUCUAUUGAGCGCGAUGCAGCUACGCUCGCAUGUGCGCAGAACAACGCCAGCGUGUACGAGAUAGACGACGGCUACAUCACCUGGGUCCACGGCGACAGCUUCGCGUUUCUAAAAACACUCUUCAACAACCCUUCGGCACUACACCCUGAUCUCCGGGUCGAUCUUGGCGCAACCAUAUUGUUUGCUAGUCCUCCGUGGGGCGGGCCUGGAUAUCCCGCAAAGCUCACAUAUCUGGUCCUACGUCAAGGCAACUCCAUCGACAUGGGUGCCAAAGACAAGAAGAAGAAUACCGACGCCAAAAAGGCCAAAAAGGCUGAGAAGCAGGCGAAGCAGGCCAGCAAGGGCGAGAAAAAGGCCAAGAGCAAGCAGGCCAAGAUUGAAGGCAGCGAUGCCGAGGACGUCGAUCUGGAUGAGGUGCUCGAGGAAUACCGCCGGGCGCAGGAGCAGUUCCUCAAGGUGACGGAGACGGUGUGCGAUGCGCCGCCGCGACCCCGCGCCGCCUCUACGAUCCUGGCCUCGCCGACCGACAGCAACAAUCUGCUGCUCUUUGGCGGCGAGUACUUCAACGGCUCGCUGGCGCACUUCUACAAUGACCUGCACAUCUACAACAUCGCGCGCGACGAGUGGCGCUGCGUCACCUCGCCCAACGCGCCGCUCCCACGCUCCGGUCACGCAUGGACACGCGCCGCCAACCCGCACCACGUUUAUCUGUUUGGCGGCGAGUUCUCCUCGCCCAAGCAGGGCACCUUUCACCACUACGCCGACUUCUGGCGCCUCGAGCCCGCCACGCGCGAGUGGACCAAGAUCGAGGUCCGCGGCAAGGAUAAGAGCCCGCCGGCGCGCAGCGGCCACCGCAUGACCUACUGGAAGCACUACGUUAUCCUCUUUGGCGGCUUCCAGGACACGUCCAACCAGACAAAGUACCUCGCCGACCUGUGGGUUUUUGACACGGUCAACUUUGUCUGGCACAACCCGGCGCUGCCGCCCGCGCAGCUCAAGCCGGACGCGCGCUCGUCCUUCACGCUGCUGCCGUCGGAGCACGGCGCGGUGCUGUUCGGCGGCUACUCGCGCGUCAAGGCGACGGUGGCACUGAAGAAGAAGGCCGGCAACGGUGGCCAGGGUGCCAGCGGCGGCGGGCAGAAGAACGUGCUCGUGCCCAAGGUCCACGAGGACUGCUUCUUCCUGCGGAUGGCGCUGCCGGCGGCCGACGCGGGCCCGAACGCGCCGCCGACGGUGCGCUGGGAGAAGCGCAAGAAGCCCGCCAACACGCCGAGCCCGUCGCGCGCGGGCGCCACGAUGACGUACCACAAGGGCCGCGGCAUCCUCUUCGGCGGCGUGCACGACGUCGAGGCGAGCGAGGACGGCAUGGAGUCCGAGUUCUUCAACCAGCUGGCUAACGAGGAGGAGCUGCUGCGGCAGCUGGCGGCGCUGGAGACGGGCGCGUCGCUCGAGGACGCCGACGACAUCGAGCUGGAGAAGAAGGAGGAGGAGCGGGAGCGGGAGGAGCAGGUGCCGGUGAAGGAGAUGCCGGUGACGAUGGAGCCACCGCACAUGCGCUUUAACGCGCAGCUGACGGUGCAAAACGACGUGCUGUACAUUUACGGCGGCACGUUUGAGAAGGCGGACCGCGAGUUUACGUUUGACGACUUGUACGCGAUCGACCUUGUGAAGUUAGAUGGGUGCAAGGAAAUCUUUACCCGGCCAGUGGAAGACUGGGUUGAAUCCGAAGAUGAGGAUGAUGAGGACGACGAAUACGAUGAUGAAGAGGAAGAAGAUGAGGACGAGGAUGAGGACGAAGACGAGGAGCCUAAGCAGCAGCUAUACACACCUAGCAAGCGUGGUAAGAAGAAGGAUGACGAUACAGUAUCCGAAGCCACCGCCGCAUCCGAGACGACAGAGGAUGAUGACGACGCCGAGACGUCGGCCACCUCUGUGGACGACGGCUUGCCUCACCCAAGACCUUUCGAGUCGCGCCGCGACUUCUUCGUGCGCACGUCGGCCGAGUGGCAGGAGAUCCUGUUGACCAACCUGCGGUGGAAGAACAUCCAGCCCGAGACCAUGGCGAUCAAGGAGAUCAAGGCCAAGGCGUUUGAGCUGAGCGAGGAGAAGUGGUGGGACUGCCGCGAGGAGAUCACGACGCUGGAGGAGGAGCAGGAGGCCGCGGGCAUCCAAGAGGUGGUGAGCCUGGCGGAGCGCGGCGACGCGGGCGGGGGUGCGCGGAGAAGAUGA